UGACAACUCUCCAGCAAGUCUCUUCAGUCAACAGCAGGAGAGAAGCAGUGGAAAUAUGCAGGUGUGUUACAGGUAUUGCUAUUUGACAAUGGUCACAUGUGUGAUUAUGGUCUGCAUGUACCUGGUCUUCCUUAGCCCUGCAGACGAGCUCACUGAAGACAUAUGUGCGUGUAAACACUGUGUCAGGCAGCAGAGCCGGAGUACCUGGUUCAAUGAACUCUACGACCUCUCUAUUCCACCACUGCUUACCAGGGAAAAUUAUAUGCUCAGUGGUGAUGUCUACAAGUAUUGGAAGGAUCUUCAGAAAAAUACAAAUGAAGCCAACUACACAGAAGUGGUGGAGAGGUUGUUUUCGCUUUUCCCAGAUAAUGAACAUUACUUAGAUGCUGGUCCAGCUCGUUGCAGAAUCUGUGCUGUGGUGGGAAACUCUGGGAACCUUAAAGGAUCCCAAUAUGGACAUCUUAUAGAUCUUCAUGACUUUGUUAUUAGGAUAAAUAAGGGUCCAACAGAGGGUUAUGAGAAGGAUGUGGGUUCUAAGACCACACACCGUUUUAUCUAUCCUGAGAGUGCUAUGGAUGUGGACAACACCACUCACCUGGUGCUUUCUCCCUUUAAGAUUCUGGAUAUGGAGUGGCUCAUCAGUGCCUUCACCACUAAAAAUAUCACACGCACUUACAAAAAGGUUAGGCCGAGUGUAAAUGCCAACAGACAUAAGGUGAUGAUUCUUCAUCCUGCCUUUAUAAAAUACGUACAUGAGAUAUGGUUGCUGAAACAUGGCAAAUAUCCAUCCACUGGCUUCCUCGCAAUUAUAUUUGCCCUACACAUCUGUGACCAAAUUUCUGCAUUUGGGUUUGGUGCUGACCAAUAUGGAAACUGGUACCACUACUUUGAGAAAACCGCUUAUAACCUUCGUACAGGUGCCCACAGUGGCAGCUUUGAGUUUGACACUAUGAUGCAACUCUAUUUGGAGUACAAAAUUCAGGUGUUCAGAGGAAGAUAAUAUAAUGUUGUGACGAGGAGGAGGGCAGGGCCGGGCCGUGACUACGCAUGCCCAGCCCCCAAUCGGGCUAAUCAGCCGAGGAGAGGGAUAAGGGCAGCCGGAUGCGGCAGUUCAGGAGUGCGUAGUCACAGCUCAGCCCCACCCUCCUUUUCGUCAGAAAUGUGUUCACAUUUGUUAUGCAAAGCUUUUGUAAAUGCUUUGAGAGCAAACUGUCUAUGUGGCAUUCUGUGUCAUUAUGAUGAUAGAAAUUACCACACUGUCAUACCUCAAAAGAUACAACUUAUAGAUAAAUUUCGAAUAAUUGGUCAUGGCCUUUUUUCAAACACUGAGGCUUUGUUUAAUGUCUUUGCCUUGAGCAAAACUGUUGUUAACAGCUAAAUUUAUACAGUAUGUGCAUGUAGGCUAAAUGUAAAUUAGUGUAAAUUAUUCAUAGAUGUUCUGUAAAUGUUCCCAAGAGCAGCUUCUUUCUUGC